CAAAUAUUGGACAUGUAUCAUGACUCCAUCUUGUCACCAGCGCUGACUUCCUCUUUCCGAUCCCUUCCAGUGGCUUCGUCUCUUAGUCGUUGGAGUAAUGCUCGUUGUUUCUCGAUGCGAUUUUCAAGGUCACGGAUCUCAUCGUUCUGUUCAGCGAUGGAUCGGUCCAUGUCCGGGAGCUCUCGGACCUGCGCGCGAGCACGCUGCAGCUUGUGUUUCAGGCCAUCAGUGGCUCCAGGGACAUCUUUGAAAGACAAUGUAGGUCCAGAGGCGUUGUGACCGGUGGUCCCCGGUGCAGGCUCGGUAGUGAUUCCAGCCGACGACUGAAUACCGGCGCGGACGCGGGCGAGGACGAGAGAGAGCUCGGAAAGGGCGUCUAGAGUAUCCGGAGAGAACGUGGGCGGGAGGGCCAAUGGGUGUGGGCCAGAUGCGGAUGCAGGCGCAGAUGCAGAUGAUGGAGACAUGGUCUGUCGUUUUAUGAUAUGACUCGAUUCUGCUUUGACCGCUCGAGGGCUCGCUCGGAAAGAAUGGUGGGAGAGAAUCAGGCGAGCUCGGGGAAAUCGGCCAAGUGGAUUCUUUCAGCCUUGCAUAAAGGCCCGUAAUAGCGUCGAGUUUUAUCACAGAUGGUGGUGGGCAAAUGGAAAAGAUCGAUUGGGCCGAUGGGCCGUUUUGUUGUUGGGUUGACGGUCCGAAAGAGAGGGAAAAAAGGCCGGAGACUGACAGUGUGAGCUCAUCAUUGCACGGUACAAAAUGGGUCUUUACAUACACAACGCACCGUGUGAAUACAAAUCAUGGCUGGUGAGUGACAUGACAUAAACCCCCACUACUACAACGUGUUUCCCUGCAAAAUCAUCUGUCGUGUCUGGGCCCAUCAAAUCACGCAUCAUUUCUUUUACUCAAGACAGGCCCGAGUUACUCUCCGUCUUAUCCUUAUCUUCCUAGAGCCUCUUCUUUAUACCUCGUCUAUUUCUUUCUCUUUUUCCCUGGUCCCCUUCUUCUUUCCUUUCAUUGCUUCAGUGCAAGAAAAAAAAGAACCAACAAACAGUAGUCAUCAUGUCCAAGACUGAUCAAAAAGCCUGCCUCACAACAGCGCUGCAAUGGCUCGUUAUCCUGAGCAACGUUUGAAGACAACUACUUCCGUCGCUCAGGAAUUGCCAAUUGUCUCGCGACCAGAUUGGAUUGUUACAUUGUGUUUCGUCCUCAUAUACUUGGAAUUGGCCUGGCUAAUCAUGUUGUUUUUGCAUUCUUAUAGUCGUCAUUGACGGUUGGGGCAUUCCCUCUGCCGACAGCCCCAAAGACGGCGAUGCCAUCACCAACGCCAAGACCCCCGUUAUGGACGCUCUCUACAAGGACUCCAAGGGCUACACUGAGCUCGAGGCCUCAUCGCUGGCGGUGGGACUUCCCGAGGGUCUCAUGGGUAACUCUGAGGUUGGACACUUGAACAUUGGUGCUGGUCGCGUUGUGUGGCAGGAUGUUGUCCGAAUCGACCAAACUAUCAAGAACGGCCAGCUGGGCCAGAACGAUGUUAUCAAGAAGACCUUCCAGAGUGUUGCUGCUGGAAACGGCCGACUACACCUCUGCGGUCUUGUCUCUCACGGUGGUGUGCACGCCAAGCAAACCCACCUCUACGCCCUCCUCAAGGCCGCCAAGGAGUAUGGCGUGCCCAAGGUCUUCAUCCACUUCUUCGGUGAUGGCCGUGACACCGACCCCAAGUCCGGCGCUGGCUAUAUGCAGGAGCUUGUCGAUACUGCCAAGGAGAUUGGCAUUGGUGAGAUCAGUACCGUUGUUGGCCGAUACUUUGCCAUGGACCGUGAUAAGCGUUGGGACCGCCUCGAAGUUGCCCUUAAGGGUCUUGUCCUCGGCGAGGGUGAGGCCUCUGAGGAUCCCGUUGCUACCGUCAAGGCUCGAUAUGAGCGCGGCGGUGAUUUUGAUCGGGAUGAGUUCCUCACUCCCAUCAUUGUUGGUGGCGAUGAGCGCCGCAUUAAGGAUGACGAUACCGUCUUCUUCUUCAACUAUCGAUCCGACCGUGUCCGCCAGAUCACCCAGCUUCUUGGCGAUGUUGAUCGAUCUCCUCUUCCCGACUUCAAGUACCCCAAGAUCAAGCCCCUUGUCACCAUGACUCAGUACAAGGGUGACUACCCCUUUGAGGUUGCUUUCAAGCCCCAGCACAUGGGUAACGUCCUCGCCGAGUGGCUGGGCAAGCAGAACGUUGAGCAGGUCCACAUUGCUGAGACCGAGAAGUAUGCUCACGUCACCUUUUUCUUCAAUGGUGGUGUUGAGAAGGUCUUCCCUCUCGAAACCCGUGAUCAGUCCCAGGAUCUUGUCCCCUCCAACAAGUCCGUCGCUACCUACGAUCUUGCACCCGAGAUGUCUGCCGAUGGUGUCGCCGACCAGGUCGUCAAGCGCCUGGGUGAGCAGAAGUUCCCCUUUGUCAUGAACAACUUUGCCCCUCCUGACAUGGUUGGUCACACUGGUGUCUACGACGCUGCCGUCAUCGGCUGUGAGGCCACCGACAAGGCCAUUGGCAAGAUUCUCGAGGCCUGUAAGAAGGAGGGCUACGUCCUCUUUAUCACAGCCGAUCACGGCAACGCUGAGGAAAUGAAAUUCCCUGACGGCAAGCCCAAGACUAGCCAUACCACAAACAAGGUGCCCCUCCUUAUGGCCAACUACCCGGAGGGCUGGAGCCUCAAGAAGACCGACGAGGGUGUCCUCGGUGAUGUUGCCCCUACCGUGCUUGCUGCCAUGGGUCUGCCUCAACCCGAGGAGAUGACUGGCAAGUCUCUUCUCCAAAAAGCUUAAUGUUUAUGACGAUGAUGAGAGCACGUACCUAAAAUAAGAGUCCCUCGGGAUGGUGUAGCAGUAGUGGAUGUGGCAUUAGCGAUUUGUGAGUUGUUGGUUAUUGUUGUACGUGAGUCGAUGCGUUGACUCUGGAGUUGAGGGCGGAAGCGUUAGAAGUUAUGCUAGACUGCAUAGACAUAGAGUCGCAAUCCUAAAAUAGUAAAACGACCAGUAAUAGAGACGAACAACACUGUCUCUCAGUUUCUUGCCUGCCUCGGUACAAAUAUUCAAGUGAAUUAGUCCACCAUGAGACCGUCUAUGGAAUCGACUGAUAGUACCAGUUUCUGAAGGGACAGAUCAAGGCACUGAUAAAUAGACCCUAUCAGUGCAUCACUUCUGCUUGUUUCCUAAUACC